AAACAAUACUCAGCAUUUAAACUACAAACAGAAAGCAAAGAGCAAACAUUGUCUAGUUGUUGCAAGCCUGGAAAUGGACGAUUACACGCGAGAAAUGAUGGACCUGAAAACCCUAGUUACACGUACCCUAGAGAAAAAAGGCGUUCUCGCUAAGAUCCGAGCCGAACUUAGAUCAAGCGUCUUUGAGGCAAUUGAAGAUGAGGAUAGGGUAAUUGAGAAGGAUGAAAGCUUGCCUCCUGCACUAUUGGGUAGCUGCAAUGAUCAGGCAAAACAACUCCAUCAUUCACCUUCAGGAAGGCUGCUAACUGCACUUGUAUGUGAAUAUUUGGAUUGGGCUCAAUUAAACCAUACAUUCAAAGUGUAUUUGCCAGAGUGUAACUUGCCAAAGGAGUCAUGGAAAUCUGAGCUAAAAGAAUUUAGCAGCAAGAACGGAUAUGAUCUUAACAGGAAUGGUGACAGUGCUCCCUUGCUUUUGGAUGUUCUUGAAGGAUUCUUGAAAUACGAGAAUUUCUCUCAAACAAGGGGUGCUGGUAGGAGAUUGGCAACACCAGAUGCUGAAUCUCUGUCCAAUACUGAAGCUAGGAAUAUUAAGAAGCCUUCUUCAUCUUCAGUUGCCGGGGGCUUACCGCCAUUGGGAAGACCAGGUCAUGCUGCCCAGUCAUCUGACAGAAGGGCAGGUUCAUCUAUAUCUGGAUAUAGGAAAGAUGAAUACAACUGGAGGCAUGAAAAUGAGGAGCUUCCGCAGGAUGUAAUGCAAGCCUCAUCUGCUUUAGAAAACCUUCAAUUGGACAGAAAAGCUUGGAACCUUACCACUUCAUGGCGGCACAGAGGUGAUGGCAUGUCUGAGGAUGAUGGCAGGAUAGAGUAGAUGAGAUAUAUGAUCUCCAAAUCACUAAGAUGGGAAUUGAUGAUACCCUUCAACUUAGAAAUGCAAUGUUCUGAUGUACGCUAUGUAUGAUUUAUGUACUAUAUCGCUUGUAGUAAUUUGUGUGCGCUUCUCAUUUUCUUUUCUUUUUUCGUUCUCCCCUUAUUACAAUGUUCCUUCUGUGGCUAAGCAGUGGUGUUAUUAACGCAAUUUUGUCAUA